UGUUGCAAAAUUAUGUACCAAUGGAGUCUAAAUAUAAUGCCAAGUUGGACGUGCUUCACAAAAGGCUACAUUUUCGUAGGCAUAGGAGAGGCUUAAUUGGUGCCAAGAACAAAACAUCGCCUGGGUUGAAACCUACUAAGGAUGUGCCUUCCAUGGAAACUCCAUCCGAGAUUAAUAGUUUAGAUCCCAUACAGGUAGAACAAGAAUCACUCGACCUACAAAGCCUUUAUUCCAAAGUUCGGAAUAAACGUACGAAGCUUGCUAUUAGUAAACUGGAGACAGAAUACAAACGCUGUAAAAAGGAAGCGCGCGGUAACAAUGAUUGCAUGGUGGCUUUUAUGAAGAUGUAUAACUUGGCCAAGGAAAUAAACGAUAAAAUGGAGAAGAUGAAGGCCAUUUUUAAUGAAAGUGAGCAACUUAUGAUAGACAAAUCCUCUGAUGAUAGUCAUGAAUUGAAAGAACACAAAGAAAAAGAAAAAAAGAUCAAACUUUCCAAAUCGACAAAGUCUACCGAAUCGCCACUGGGCAGUGAUGAGUCUAAGGAAAAAUCAGACAAAUAUACCACACAGUCCAGUGUGGGCGUCAGUGUCAACCAGUCAAUAUAUAUGUCUACUAGUAAGGAGCCCAAUGAUAUUGAGGGCUUGGCUCUCAUAACGAAUGUAACACAAACACUUGCCCCAGAAGCCGUCAUGGGUGAGUUGACGACACCAAGUGCCUCGCUAAUACAAGGUACAACCGUUGAACAAACUCCAUGGACGACGGCGACUAAAUCGUCAGAAAUGGACGUGGAACAAACCAAUGAUGGUGACAGCAUUGAACGAAACACAACGAUUAAAAGGACAAAGAUAAAACCCAUACAAAUCAGUUGGAUCUUGGAUGGUCACGAUGGCUUGGCUCCAGAAGAGGAUGAGUUUGCGUUAUUACCUGAACUGGUGACACUUGCGUCCACAACUGUAACUACGUCAGCAUUUACCACUGACGAAGCAGCUGUAAGCCAAAAGGAAGCGGUUGCUGUAAACUCUACACCAACUCAAACAACCACCACUAUUGAUGCGGGUGGCUUCCAAACCGUUUUAACGACGAAAAUUAGCGAAAGCUUUGAUCAAACUUCCUUAGAAUGGGAGAAAUCAAUUACCACUGACAUGGACACCACUGUUACUGAAAAAUUCAAUCCUGUGGCAAAGGGAGACGAAAUCGAAAAAAUUAGUUGGAUUGUGGAUUCUCAAGACAAUGAAGAAAAUACAACUAUCACUGGCAAUCAAUUUAACGAUAAUCCAGUAACAGAGCCAAUGAGUUUGGAAAUAGACCAGUCUACCACCACCAAUCCUUCGUCCGCAGAUACACUGAGUUCAGAGCCAGUGACAGAUAUUGCAUCCACUACUUUGGAAGACAAGGUUCGCAAGCUGCAGUUUGAUUGGAUUUUAGAUGGCGAAGAAUUGCCCGACGAAACAACCGUUGAGAGCUCGACAUACUUGCAAACCUCCAACGAAACAACACAAGUUCCUUUAAAUCUUACCACCGUCCAAUAUCCCACCAAACUGAAACCAAUCAAAUACAGCUGGAUUAUUGACAGUGAUGCCAACAGUGCUGAGGCCUCAAAUGCUACUAAGAAUUUUCGCAGCAAUGAGACUCUGGCUGGUUCACCUUGCAAUCCAUUGUUGAAUGAUUCUUCAGAAGAGCAAAUUUGCGGUUUAUUAGCCAGAAAAGAGCAAGAGGAAUCUGGAGCUCAUUAUGAGCAUCCACUUGAUAAUCCCAGUAGUCUGGAAAAUAUGCUGGAAACCUUUGAGCGUAAACCAAUGGUGACUACUGAAAGCUAUAAUACUACAAAAGUAACAACAGCUACAACAACGAUCGCUGACAAUUCAGAUCGGUUGGAGUGGGAGAAGAAAUUCCAACAGGCAGCAAUUAUGAGUAAUCACGAAGAGAUUUUAGACACGUUUGGAGAAAUGGACUAUAAAACCGUUGCCAAGUUUGGUCCCAAAUUAAACCCAGCAAAUCCGAAUAAUUUCGCAGCUGAUAAUCAGUUCAUGACAUUGUGUGAACGCAUGGCAAAACGUAUGCGUGACAAAAGCUCUUCAGGGCAACAACAACAACAACAACAGCAGCCACAGUCACAGGCUGAAUCCGAAACCGACCCGGAAACUUAUACCCAAUCAUCCGUGCAAUUUACAAGCCGUGGUCCAGUGGCUGGUUUUCCCAUUACUGGUGAGACUAUGAAGGCAUCCGCUCAGUUCAUGUUCAACCCCAGUUUUGGAAUGCCCUCUAUACCGGUAUGUUUCUAUGUAUCGCCAUCUAAUGUGCGUAUGGUAAACCAGGUGCCCCUGUGGACUCCCUCAAUCUAUGGAUUACAAGGCGGUUUUGGAGGAUCAAGCGGUGGAGUAAUUGGUGGAGGAGGUGGACAAGGUGGCAUAUUCUUUGUACCACAAAAUUUUGGAACUACCGCUAAUUUCUUUGGGCAUUCUGCGGGUUCUGCUGGCGGAGCGCAAAGCAAUAUUCCGAAUAUAUUUUCCAAAAAUGCUUCGCCACAAAAGCAGCAGCAGCAACAGUUACAGCAACAACAUCAACAGAAACAACUGUUCUGCACAUACGUGAAUAAUCACGGCAAUACAGGCAAUCAGGGUGGGAGUGGACCAGCAAACACUGUCAGUGCCAUGGGUUUUUCCAAUGCCAAUUUUAAAAUGCGCACGGACCAUAAAUCACUACAAUCCGACAUCAUAUAUGCUUCCUAUGCUGAUCUUCCGAACCAUCUGGGUCAUGAGGACCACUUUAAGUGCACCAACCGUGGUGAUGUGGCUUGUUACGGAGGCAACGAAUGCAUCUCCGAGGAGGCAUGGUGCAAUGGAUCUGUUGACUGUUCCGAUGGUAGCGAUGAGGGUGCUUGCACAUGUCGGCAACGUUUGCCAGAAGAUCGCAUUUGUGAUGGCUAUCCAGAUUGCCCGAUCGGUGAGGAUGAGCGGGGAUGUUUCGGUUGUGAUGAGUUUAUGUAUUCGUGUUAUGAGACUCCAGAGGAGUAUGAGAUGAAUAAUCGUUCUAAGGUGUCUAUGUGCUACAGUCUUUUGGAGAAAUGCGAUGGUUUCCAAAAUUGCCUAAACGGCAGAGAUGAGAGAGACUGUAGCAUUGUAGUUAACGACGUGACGCAUCAUAUGUCCCAUUCCGUAUCUUCGUCCGAAGGUUUCUUAUAUAGGAAUCAUCGCGGUGAAUGGUAUCCUGUCUGCAAUAAUGGAGAUAAAUGGGCCUUGGAGGCUUGCCAAAAUGAAGGUGGGCUAAGUGGUGCUCCUGAGCUCUCUUUCAAGGCUCUAUCUCUUCCCGGCCCAUUUAUAGAGCCUUCACGGAUGGGCAGUGCUCAUUUCCCACAAUCGUGCAACAAACGAAAUAGCGCCGAUGCCAUAGAGGAACACGUGGCCUAUGUCAAGUGUAGCCCAGCCCAAUGCGGCGUUGUGAAAGUUGAAUCAGUUGAUCUAGCGACAACAAUGCCCAAACGCCUAGCCAAACUGCAGCUCCGGGCAAAUAAUCAAACUAAACGUGAAACGGAAAACGAUAAUGCACGCAUCGUUGGUGGAUCGCAUAGCAGACCCCUGGAAUGGCCUUUUGUCGUGGCACUGUACAGAAAUGGAAACUUUCAUUGCGGCGGAACCAUCUACUCAGAGCUUUGGAUCAUUAGUGCUGCCCAUUGUGUCAUCAAUUUCCAAAACUACUAUUAUGAGGUUCGAGCUGGUCUUCUUAGGCGCACCAGUUUUUCCAUGGCAACGCAAAUCCAGCCGGUAUCCCAUAUAAUUGUGCACCAGGCCUACGAACGUCGCAGCAUGAGAAAUGAUUUAUCACUGUUGCGCAUGUCUCAACCGCUGCAGUAUAACCGUUGGGUGAAGCCAAUAUGUUUGCCAGAUGUCCAUAGGACAACGGCUGGAGAGGAUUGGAUAUGGGGUCCAAGGGAGAAUGCCCUGUGCACAGUUGUUGGCUGGGGCGCCGUGCGAGAAAAGGGACCCGGAAGCGAUUCUCUACGCCAAGUCACCAUACCAAUACGUAAAGGUUGCACCGACAAGGAGGAUCAGGAAGCCGAAGAUAUAUGCGCUGGCGAUGAGGAGGGUGGUCGCGAUGCCUGUCAAGGCGACUCUGGCGGACCACUGUUUUGUCAGAGUGUAUCGUCGCCCCAGGAAUGGUAUUUGGCAGGUGUGGUAAGUCAUGGUAAUGGCUGUGCACGACCAAAAGAGUUUGGAGUCUAUACCAGAGUUGCACUUUUCCUGGAUUGGAUUGAAAUGGCGAUGCGGCCAGAGUUUUUGCCGCAGGUGCAUCCCCAGAAGGUCUGUCCAGGGUAUGUGUGCGUUUGGGGUGGUAAACGAUGCAUAUCUCAGAGAAAACGCUGUGACCGCAUUGUAGACUGCCUGGGAGGAGAGGAUGAAGUGGGUUGCUUCUAUAACUUCAUACCGCAAGCCGGAUCAGCAAGGGAGAGUACAACUGAGAGUGAUUACCAUCCUGAAUCCUUGGAAUCGGCAGAGCUAAAUAAUGUUAGGGCGCCUGAGGACGAGUCAGAAAUAAUCAUGGGGGUGUCAACAACCGAAAGUUUAGGUGGUAUAACUAGUCUUGCAAGCGAUGAUACUACUGAGAAGAUAAUAGCCAACACCGAAGCAAGUGAACUUGAAAUAAGGACAGAUGAUACAACCACGACUGUCGAUGUAACAACCGGUCCAUUUUUAGACAACACCGAAGCAAGUACCAUUGUGCCAGCUUCAACAACCAUUGAUGUAAAUAGUGAUUCCACCGAAUCAACGACUAUUAUUCCAACAUCAGUGGAUGAUUUUGAAAAGUUUCAAAGUUUAGCUAUGGAAUUAUUAGAAACUAUGAGCACAACUGAUGUUGUAGUUGGAAAUAGCACCACAGAAUCUGCUUCAACGCUAAAAACUGAAGAUACUUCAACCGAUGUGGCAGCAUUUACAGAAGAAGGAACAACAGUGGGCAUUCAAUUCGAUAUUAGUUCCAGCAGCCCCAAGCAGAUGUUGAGUGCGUCUUUAACCACAACUGAGAUACCUUUGAGAGUGUCCGUUUUCACAGAAGCUCCAGCAACUGCGGCGAAAACAACGCUUACAACAGAUUUUCCGUUUGCAAUUGACUCAUCGACACCAAACUCCACGGUGCUGCCUCAAAAGAUCGCUCACAAAUUUAUUUGCUUGAGAAUUCCUCAAAUAAUUGACAUGUCUCAUAGAUGCGAUCGUUUUGUAGAUUGUGAGGAUGGCUCAGACGAGGAAGGUUGUAGCUGCCGUGAUUAUUUAAAGGGCCAACUGAGUGUUUUGAUCUGUGACGGAAAGCCAGAUUGUGAGGAUUUGACCGAUGAAGAUGACUGUGACCAAUGUAAACCAGAAGAAUUCCUGUGCCCUCUUAGCAAAGAGUGCAUACCUUUGGCCAAACGUUGUGAUGAUACCGUCCACUGCAAAUUCAAGGAAGAUGAAAAGGAUUGCUUUGCUCUGUCAAAUGGGAAAGUCAUUCAUUUGGAUGCACAUCGCCAACCCAUACUUAAUAGUGCUGGAAUUUUUUCGCGCAACACCAAUGGUGUCUGGCGUAUUGUUUGCAGCUAUGAAACAUCAUUUGCUGAACAUAAUGCCAAAACAGCCGGGGAGGUUUGUUCAUUGUUGGGGUUUAGAGGCUAUAGGUUUUAUAACACGACAAAGCCCGUCACAUACGACCGAGUCGUUCCGAUCAGUCCAGAAAUGAAAAUGUCGCCUAAAAUCAAUGAUGAAAUUCAAUUAACGCUGAGCGAUGGCAAUCAUGGGUCAAGGGUUAAAAACAUUUUCUCCUCAUCGACAAAGCGGAGGGAAAUGCGAAUCGAACAGAGCAACGAUGCCUGCUUGGGUCUAUACGUGGAGUGUGUUGCCAAGUCUAAUAAAACCGAGCCCAUGAGGACUUUAAGUGCCGGAUUAAGCAAGCCUGCCUUGAACGGUAUAGCAGCGCAAAGCUUAAAACCUUCCAUUGGAACACACCACAGACCAAAUGUAUUUGUGCCGCCAGAAGUGCCAACUGUAGUGGUAAAUAAGAAGGAUGAAAUCAUGGAUAGAUUGGAUAAAUUGAUAGAUUCGAAGAAGAACUUAAGUAUGCUAAUUGACCAGCAACUGCAUGAAGCCAUCGAGGAGCUGCAUUGGCCUUGGCUUGUUGAUAUAUAUGCCAAUGGAAGACUCUGGUGCUUGGGUGUGUUAAUGGACAAACACUGGGUAAUGGUACACGAGUCCUGUAAUUUUGCCAUAAGAUUGAAUUUAGAUUAUGUGUCAGCUUUAUUCGGAGGUGGCAAAUCUAAAGUCAACGCACACAAAAGUAAUCACGAGGAGAUCAGACGUAUUGACUGCAUGGAAGUCGUACCGAAUAGUGAUGUAAUAAUGCUGCAUUUGGCAAGGCCCGUUAGGUUCUCACACUUCAUAUUGCCGACAUUUGUACCAGAAGGACCUUUUCUCAACGAAAAACAAGAAUGCAUUGCUGUCCUACACGAAAACGAGAGUGGUCGCAUUAAGACGGUUUCUUUGGCAGAGGAAAAAGAUGCUGACAUCUGCCGCGCGAAAUCUAUGUCAUGUUAUCGUUUGAUUGAGAAAAUGCCUUCUGUAAAGCUCUUACGAGAGUCUGAGGUUAGUUCCGAAGAUCUGAUCAACGUCUCGGAGGAGAUUGUUCUACGCGAUAAUGAAGAUGCUACUGAAAAUCAGGCAAUUUCCGUAUUUACGAGUUGUUCCCAAUUUGGCAGCAGGCAAGCCAAUGCAAGUGGCAUUGAGCCCAUCGAUCAAGGCAUAUCUGUCUGCCGUAAUAACGACUCUGGUUGGUACCCCAAUGCGAUGUUUUCCUACAACAACACAAACUGUUACAGUUUUAAGCAAAGUUUCUCUAUAAGGACAUUAGAAGAUGCCUACAAAGGCAUUCAGGAUGUAAUCGAUAAUUCUCAAUGUAAGUUUCCGUUUGAAGAGCCUUUCUGUUCGACUCACAGAUGUCCAUUGGGUCUGUGUCUAAACUCCACCCAGAUUUGCGAUGGAAAAUCUGAUUGCCACGAUGGCAGCGAUGAACAUCCGGAUAAAUGCAAACUCCUGAGAAGUGCCUGUGGACCAUCGGAGAUGAAAUGUCGAUCUUCAGACAAAUGCAUACCGAAAACAAAGUUUUGUGACCAUAUUGCCGACUGCGAAGAUCUUACCGAUGAACCUACAAUAUGCUCGUGUUUCACUUAUCUAAGAGCAACCGACCCUUCAAAAAUAUGUGACGGCAUACGCAAUUGUUGGGACAAAAGUGACGAGAGUCCUGUAUUGUGCAACUGUACGACAGAUCGUUACCCGUGUGGACCGUUCGGCCAGGAGUGCAUACCCCGUGAAUUUGUGUGUGACAAGGAGCCAGAUUGCCCCAAUGGCGAGGACGAACGCUACUGCUUUGGCCUAGAACAGCCAAUUGCACAAAAACAACAGGCACAACAUCCAAGCCAUAAUAUACAAUCACCGCAAUAUGGGCAGGUUAUUGAGCAAAGUUAUGGUGUCUGGCACACGAAAUGCUUCCCAAAAUCGUCACCGCCCAAUGUGACGGUAGUGCGUCAGAUAUGCAGUAAAUUAGGUUACAACCCAUAUCUACAACCCAGUUACCGUCUCAUAGACGACAGUCGAAAUGAAGUUAUUGACACCCGAGAAGCGCCCGAUCAACGUGGUCGGUCCUUUAGUAACGCGAGCAUAGCCGACCUAUACCGGCCUUCAACGAAGGCGGUUAUCGCCAAUAAAAUGUCUCCAUUACUGCUAAACGACGACUUGAUUUUAUUUGUGAAACCUAGUCGCCCUAUUGCGGAAUUGGAGCGUUUGAAUUCCUCUGAAUCAGAAGAGUGUUUGAGACUGGAAAUUAAAUGUUCAUAGCACCGUGUGUAGUAUUUAAUAAUGCUUAAGCUAUUUUAAGUCUAGAUU